GCUCAACCAAUUAAGUUUCAGACACUAGACUGUUCGUUUUCAAGUCCGAAUUACAUAUACCACAUAAACAUGAAUAGUGUAGUAUUUGUAGUGGUCAGUUUGGUUUUGGGGGUUUGUCUAGGUCAGCAAUAUACCACGAAGUACGAUAAUAUAAAUAUUGAUAAUAUUCUAUCAAACGAUCGCAUCUUGUCUAAUUACAUCAAAUGUAUUUUGGACGAAGGACCAUGUACAGAAGAAGGACGGCUGUUAAAAAAGCACAUCCCUGAUGCCAUAUCCACAAACUGCGUUAAAUGCACAGACGCUCAAAAGAGGAUAGUGAAGAAAGGAUCCAGCUUUCUUAUCAAAAACAAACCACAACAAUGGCAGAGGAUAGCUAGAAAAUUCGAUCCUAGUGGACAGCAUCAGGCUGAGUUCCAACAAUUUUUAUCCAGCUAGAAAAAUUUAGAUGAUAUUUAUUUUGUGAUAAUAAAUUUACGUAAAUAAAAUUAAAAAUUUAUAUUUUAUAUA